AUGAAGCUCCAAAGUCUUGUAGAGGAUCUUUUACAAGAGGAUGAAAACUAUCAGAGACGUUCCAAAGCUUUAAUUUUUGUUCUAGGUGAUGAGGCAAGAUUAUAUAUAGAGAGGGACUUAAGUGCAAGUCCAGGUAGAUUGUCAUCAGUGAAUGCUAUUAUUCGUAGUAGAAGAGACGUGGAAGUGUUGUUUUUAAAUCGAUUACAGUAUCUGUUCAUGUAUCUGAUGAAAUGGGAAGCAGAAGAUGUUGGCUACAACCGAUUGGUGCUCUAUGGGUUGGACGAAUUGAUAUUUUUGAACAGGGAUGACUCUGAGAAUCUAACCAAUUCACAAUUAAGACUUGCUAAUCUUGUUUUUAGCGCCGCCUUUCGUAUCAAACGGAAGCACUGUUUAAAGGACGUCUCUGUCAUUAACCUAAGAGACCAUGUACGGUUGAAACAAAUAGAGGACUACUGGAGGCAUGUUUGUUGA